CAAGGAGAUGGAGCUCCCCACCACCAUGGACUUCGGUGGCUCCUUCACCAUCCUCUUGGCCACGGUCAUCUCCUGCCUCCUCUUCCUCACCUUCUCCUCAAAGAAGAAGUUCCGCCAUCUGCCCCCAGGGCCCACCCCGCUCCCCUUCCUCGGCAACAUGCUCCAGGUGGACGUGAAGGACCUCAUCAAGUCCCUGAGAGAACUGGGCAGGACAUACGGCCCGAUGUACACCUUCCACCUGGGCUCUCGGCCCUGCGUGGUGCUCUCCGGUUACCAGGUGCUCAAGGAGGCCCUGAUCGACAAGGCAGAAGAGUUCAGCGGCCGCGGAGACUUCCCUGCUGUCCAGAUGUGGAGCAAAGGCAAUGGGAUCGUGUACGGCACAGGGGAGUGCUGGCGGCAGCUGCGUCGGUUCGCCAUCACCACCUUCAAGAACUUUGGCAUGGGGAAACGGUCCAUCGAGGAGCGCAUCAAAGAGGAGGCCCAGUUCCUGAUGGAGGAGUUCCGCAAGACCCAAGGCAAGCCCUUUGACCCCACCUUCUUCCUGAGCUGCGCCGGCUCCAACGUCAUCUGCACCCUGGUUUUCGGGAGUCGCUUUGAAUACACGGACAAGAAAUUCCUCAUGUUGAUGAACCUCAUCAACAGAAACUGGAAGCUCAUGAGUUCCACCUGGGGGCAGCUGCUCUUCACCUUCCCAGAGAUCAUGAAGCACAUCCCAGGGCCCCACCGCCAGAUCUACCAGAAUUAUCUGAAGCUGGCAGAGUUUGUGGGCGAACGGCUGGAGAUGAACAGGCAGACCCUGGACCCCAGCAACCCCCGGGACUUCAUCGACUGCUUCCUCCUCAAAAUCCAGCAGGAAAAGAAGAACCCCAAGACCUAUUUCAACGAGGACACCAUGUCCAAGACAACGGUGAACCUCUUCUUUGCAGGAACAGAGACGGUCAGCUCCACCCUGAAGUACGGGCUCCGGAUCCUCCUGAGGCAUCCUGAGGUGGAAGAAAAACUCCACGAGGAAAUCGACCAGGUCAUCGGGCUAAACCGCAGCCCCUGCAUGGAGGACCGGCAGCAGAUGCCCUACACGGACGCUGUCGUCCACGAGAUCCAGCGUUUUGCUGACAUUGUCCCCAUGGGGGUGCCCCACACCGUCACACGGGACAUCGAAUUCCGCGGAUACACCCUCCCCAAGGACUUGAACAUCAUCCCUCUGCUCUGCACGUCGCAGUUCGACCCCACCCAGUUCAAGAACCCAACCUCCUUUGACCCAACUCAUUUCUUGGAUGAGAAUGGGCGGUUCAAGAAGAAUGACGCCUUUAUGGCCUUCUCGGCAGGGAAGCGGGUCUGCCUGGGAGAAGGCCUGGCCCUCAUGGAGCUCUUCAUCUUCCUCACCACCAUCUUGCAAAACUUCCGGCUGAAGCCUCUGAUGGACCCGCAGGACAUCGACAUCACGCCGGAAUCCACAGGGCUGGGGAGCAUUCCCCGCCCCUACCAGUUCUGCCUCCUCCCCCGCUAAAACCUCGCCUGACCUCCCCUCCC